GCCAUAUUAUUGAUUGGGUGUUUCAAACGCGCUCUGUAUGUUUUAGUCGAUAUCUUUGUUACCAACAACCCAUUUUCUCUUUAUUCUUGUUAUCAUUUUACUGCAAAAUGUCGUCCUUCCAACUCCAGCAACUCCCAUCUUUGCCAAUAAAAGAAGUUUUCAAGAGUCUUGGCGUAUGUGAUCUACUGAACCUGUGUAGGUCCUCAAACAAAUCUCGCCGUCUCGUGAAAAAGAGCCUCAAGGACAUCACGUUCACAUUGAAAAUUGUGGCAGAAGAGAAACACUACAAAAUAUGGCUCAAAGAAGACUUCUCGAAGCAUAAAGCUAGAAUACGGGCGGAAAAUUCAAAUGGAACAUCUCUUUUCAAGAAUAUUAGAUGGUUAAUGCACACGUUUUGGGUUGAGACAGUUUAUCUAGACUGCACUAAUGUGGAGGAAGGUGAUGUAGUGAAGGUAGUGGAGUACCUGAAAAAGGAGAAACCUUAUUAUCUGAAAUUAUACUUUGAAUGCCCAAUGAUCUCUGACUCUCUUUGGCAGUUAAUGUUGAAUUGUGAAGCUGACGUAUUGAUAAUUAGUGUCGACCGGGAAGUUAAGGUCACAUUUGACAAUGUGCCUUUGCUAUUCAACUGCGAAUGUAUCAUUUUGCACGGGGUAAAGUUCUCCGAAAAAGGGAUGAACUUGCUCUUCAAAACCUGGCAAUCGAGUAAAGAACGUACACUUCAAUGUGUUUCAUUGACCCGGAAAUUAGGACCAUUUUGGAAAAAGCAGGCCAAUGAGAAGGUUGUGCUGAAAGGGAUCGAUGUUGAGUCAGUGGAGAAAAAACGAAUUUUCAAAGUAAAAAAGGACGGUAUUAAGAAAUCCACGACCUAUAAUCUUGUGAAGAAUGACGGAGAGCUGGCGACACUGAAAUUUGAUAAACAGGAAAUUUGUUUUCACACGGAAAACGACCGUUAAUAAUCUAAUUAAACUUGUUGCUACUUUCUGUUUUUCUCUAUAUAAAUAUGAUAUUAAACUGUAGUA